CAUCUCGACACGCACGCUGUAGCAUAGCUCGUUAGCAUUAGCAUAGCUCGUUAGCGUUAGCAACAUUCGCCUGAAGAAGGUUCAACCAUACCGAAACGUAGCAGUUUUUUUUGUGCUUCAAAGUGGGAGCAAUAAAAUUCAGUGAAUCAGAGCUCUGCUCCGGAGUCUUUUUUGUUGAUUUUUGUUGCCUCACAAACCCCGAUCUCGACCAUGGGGGCCGAGCAUGAUGACGAGGGCUGGACCACUGUGCGUUAUGGCCGCCGACGGAGAGAGGGCAGGUAUCCAGAGCCGCGGCCCUCCAGCAGGUAUGACACCGACACCCGUCUUGACAUCAGGCCCAGCAGCUACAGACCCUCAUAUGCUUCAGUGACCCGCAGACCACUGGGGCGCGAUGCGCCCUCCCCUUCCACCUCCCGUUCCAGGCCUCGGGGCGACCGCCCGCAGCAGUACGGGCCUCCCGUACCCUCUUACCACCAGAUCCAGCGCUUCCAACAGUACCAGCGCUCUCAACCCACCUUCCAGCAGAACCGGCGCUCUCAACCCACCUUCCAGCAGGACCAGCGCUCUCAACCCACCUUCCAGCAGAACCGGCGCUCUCAAUCCACCUUCCAGCAGAACCGGCGCUCUCAACCCACCUUCCAGCGGAAUCAGCGCUCUCAACUCACCUUCCAGCAGCACCAGCGCUCUCAACCCACCUUCCAGCGGAACCAGCGCUCUCAAUCCACCUUCCAGCAGAACCAGCGCUCUCAACUCACCUUCCAGCAGCACCAGCGCUCUCAACCCACCUUCCAGCAGAACCGGCGCUCUCAACCCACCUUCCAGCAGAACCAGCGCCCUCAGCUUGACUCCCGAACCCGGGGGAGAGGAGCCCCCAGCGGCCGCUGGUGGCGAUCCUCCGCCACCACGGACCAGCGCGCAGCCGCCGCACUACAGGACCAUACGACCCACCGUGACGGCACGGGCCGGCGCCACACCGGACCACUCACCGCCCCCACAGCCUGGGGACCCCCAGGAGCAGAGACCUAGGCGCACCUUCCGCGCCAGACCAGCUAAGGUGGUUUCCUCACCUGCUCUCCAGACGACCUCACUUCCUCAGCCAC